GGUUGAAAAUAUUGGGAGAAGAAUCACAAAAAAAAGGGUAUCACAAAAAGAGUAGAGUAUUACAAUAUAAUAUUGAAACAAGAAGAAUGCAAUCAUCAUUACAAGAAAUGCAUAAUCAAACGUAUUGUAUCAACGAAUUUCACGAUUCCACAAGAUUUGCUUGGCUGAAAAACCCAUUUCUCUAA